AUGAAGGACCCUUUCCCUAUUGCGCCGAUACCCGCUCUGUCCAAGGCUGUGCAGCCAUGGGCUGACUACUUCUCUCUGCCGACAUUGCCGCUGCACAUCCACGAGAUUCUGAUAAUAGCCGCCUUCUACCAAUUUGUCAUGGUCAUAGUGUCGCCUCUUGCCUCCAACUGGCUGUUCCCUGUCCAAUACAAGGGCUUGUCCAGGAGCAAGAGGUUGAACUGGGAUGUGCACGUCGUGUCUCUCGUUCAGAGCUCUACCAUCAACGCCCUGGCCCUAUGGGUUAUGUUUGCUGAUGAGGAGCGUUGGGUAAUGGACCCCCAGGAGCGCGUUUACGGCUAUACCGGUGCUAUCGCCAUGAUCCAAGCCCUAGCCACUGGCUACUUCCUCUGGGAUUUCGUCAUCACCGUCUCCAACAUGAACAUAUUCGGCCUUGGUAUGCUGGCCCAUGCCGUCAGCGCACUACUUGUUUACUCGUUUGGCUUUCGGCCCUUCAUCAACUACUACAGCACCACGUUCAUCCUUUGGGAGCUGUCCUCCCCCUUUCUCAACGUCCACUGGUUUUGUGAUAAGCUGAACCUGACUGGUUCCAAAAUCCAGUUCUACAAUGGAAUCGCCCUCAUCGCUACCUUUUUCUCCUGCCGGCUGGUCUGGGGCACGUACAACUCUUACAAAGUCUUCUCCGAUGUUUGGAACGCCAUGCAGAGCAGGCCUUCAUACAUCCCACUCACGGCCCAGGUUGCGCAGAAUUUGACGGUCCCCAUUCGUUACGAGUCGACCAUGCAAUUUGUGAACGAGUCGAGCCACGUCCCCAUGUGGUUGGGCAUACUAUACCUUGGUGCAAACUUGACCCUGAACUCCUUGAACUUCUACUGGUUCGUCAAGAUGAUCCAGGCCGUUCAAAAGAGGUUUGGCCCCUCAAAGAAAGAAGAGGCAGAAGACAAGCCAAUUUCGAACGACCGCGGAUUGACCACCGCCACGGAGACAAACUCGGGACUGAAGACACGCCCACGAAGGGGGACAAUAUUGGAUGGAGAAGAGGUCGACCAGCCCCCACCCGGCAUCUAA